UCACUUAUCAUACCUAAGAUUUUUUUCCACCCUGAAACAAUGGCAGAUAGAAGCAUAUUUCUCUUCCUCAUAUUAGUUUGUUUUUUGUUCCGAAAUCCUUGUCACUCAGAAACAGAUACAUUACAACAAGGCCAAGAGCUCAAGGACUGGGAUGAAUUGGUCUCAUCAAACAAGGUCUUCAAUUUGAAGUUGUUUAGCUUUGGAGCUAUGGUGAGCCCAUAUUUAGGGAUCUUCUACAAAAACAACAACAACAUUACAUACCAUCAUCCAUUAAUAUACCGUAAUAAGGCAGUUUGGGUGGCAAACAGAAACAAUCCCAUCCCGGAUAUGUACGGCAAGCUGAUCAUAGAUGUCCAUGGCAAGUUCAGCAUUUUAUCAAGUGGAGGCACUGUUCUUGAUCUCUUCAGUCCUAAUCCAUUGGCAGCGUGCAACACAAGUGCUAAACUCUUGGAUACCGGAAAUUUGGUGCUCCAAGAACUACAUCCAGAUGGUUCUGUUAAGAGAGUUUUAUGGCAGAGCUUUGAUCACCCUACAGACACUCUUCUACCUGGUAUGAAACUUGGAAUCAAUCUCAAGACUGGGCAUAGAUGGUCACUGACUUCCUGGGAGGGUGAAAUGCUACCAGUUCGUGGGUCGUUUACAUUAACAGUCACAGAAGAUCUAAAUGGCACAGCUCAGAUGGUCAUCCUAAAGGGAGAAAAUAUCGAUACGAUGAGUGGACCUUGGGCCAAUGGCGAAUUGAUAAACCCAAAUAAAAUAUCUUAUGGUUCAAAUUUCCGCGUGUAUUAUGUUUCUAACAAGACUGAGCAGUACUUCACAUAUUUAACGAAAUCAUAUGAUUCAUUUCCAGCUCUGAGGAUGUCUGAAUCCGGAGAACUUGAAGAUACGACUCUUCACACGUGUCUCUUCUCUGGCUUUACCAGAAGCCCCGGUGCACAAACCAAGUUGGAAAUGUUUAAAUGCAGGGAUGAUUAUACCUUUUAUAUGGGGUUAGAUUUUCACUUCCCAACCAAGAAUUAUAUAUUUGUCGAUGAGUACGAAUAUCCUGAAAGCCAUAACAUGACUCUGUAUGACUGCAAGAUAUUUUGCUGGAACAAUUGUUCUUGCACUGCUUAUUCUUAUGCAACCAAAAACAGGACAGGCUGCAAGACUUAUGGUAAAAUGUUAUACAAUCCAGCAGAAGCUUACCAAGACAAAGAAUAUUAUACCUUUCGUGACCGAGUAAAGAAGAAGAAGAAGAACUGGUUUGGGUUGAUCAUUGGGGCUGGAUUGCUAGCUCUAGUCUUAUCAUGCUAUUUCUUAUACAAGAAGCUUCAUCUCAAAGGGAAAACCAAGAAAAUCCAGAAGUUGUUGUUGCAUCAACUGAAACGCUUAUACAAAAAUGAAGAAACACAUAGGAAUAUAAACAAUGAUUUGCACUACUUCACCUUUAAAAGCAUCUUGUUUGCAACAAACAAUUUCUCACGCACUAAUAAGCUUGGAGAGGGGGGUUUUGGAGCAGUUUAUAAGGGAAAAUUAGUUGAUGGACAAGAGAUUGCAGUAAAGAGACUUUCACAAGGCUCUGGACAAGGAAUCACUGAGUUUAUGAACGAAACAAAACUCAUAGCCAAACUUCAACACGUUAAUCUAGUUAGGCUUCUCGGGUGUUGCAUUGAGAAGCAAGAGAAAAUCCUUGUAUACGAGUAUAUGCCUAAUAAUAGCUUGGAUUACUUUUUAUUUGAUCCUAGAAAGAAAGUAUUACUGGGAUGGAAGGAUCGCUUUGCAAUCAUUGACGGUAUUUCUCAAGGACUUGUAUAUCUCCAUAAGUUUUCAAGGCUAAGGGUAAUCCAUAGAGAUUUAAAAGCCAGUAACAUCUUGCUGGAUGCCUACAAGAAUCCCAAAAUAUCAGAUUUUGGGAUGGCUAAGCUGUUUGGGAUCAAUGAGGAUGAAGCAAAUACAAGUAGAGUUGUUGGAACAUGUGGCUAUAUGCCGCCAGAGUAUAUGAUAGGAGGCCGCGUUUCAACCAAGACAGAUGUCUUCAGUUUUGGUGUAUUAAUGCUUGAGAUUGUAAGCAGCAAGAUGAAUCAUGGGAGCUAUGAUGUGGAGCACCCUCUCAACCUUCCAGGACUGGCAUGGGAACUAUGGAAUGAAGGUAGAGGUUUGGAGUUUAUGGAUCCGAUACUAAAUGAUUCAUGCUCUCACACAGAAGUAAUGACAUGCAUUCAUGUGGGUCUUUUAUGUGUUCAAGAUCAUGCCACAGACAGACCAACCAUGUCAGAAGUUAUUUCUAUGCUUACAAAUGAAAAUCUGCAUCUACCAGAACCAAAACAACCAGCAUUCUUCAUUGAGAGGCAUGAGGCACAAACGAAAAGAGAUGAUAAUUUGGGAAAUGGGUCCGUUAAUGGACAAUCAUUUUCAGUUUUGGUGGCCAGAUAGAAACCAGAAGAAAAAAAAAGACAUUAGUAUUAUUAGUUAUUUCAUGUUUAAUUCCUUGAAACUUAAUUUGAUGGUAUCUCUAA